AUGGCAUCCGGCAUUCCAUUUCUUCAUCAACUUGGAUUCAGAUGUACUAGCCCUACUCUCGAGAAGGAUAAAGAAGAUAUCUCAUCCGGCGUUCCAUUUAUGACACUUUCUGACAUCAAAAUGAAGAUUAAAAAGAUUUUGAAGAAGAAAUCGCGGUACCUUUCUCGAAUUAUGGCUCUAAUCGCCUCUUCCGAAGAAUACGUUGAACGUUCACAUGGAGCUCGGUCCAUCGUUGCACAUGGUCCCUUAUCAAAUGAAAUCAACCAAGUUCCACACAAUGUCAUUCCAGCCACUCAAAGUAAACCAGAAGGAAAGCAUGAUAAAGAAUAUCAUAAGCAAAUAUAUGAUUUACAAAAUCAGGAAAUGAACUUUGACAAGGGCACAGACGCGACGCCAGGCACUGGGUCACAUGAACAACAUGAAAUUAUGGAUAAGUUUAGAUUACAAUUUGAAGAAAGGUUUCUAAAUAUGAAACAAGAUGGAAAAUGGAAGUUGCCUUCUGGGAAAUACGUUGAAGAUAUUAUUUACGAAUAUGCAAGGAACCUUUCUAAUGAAGAUGUAAUGAAUCUCUUUGACUAUAAUGAUCGUGAUUUUGUGAUGACAAAUAACAUCCUUCCUGAACCAAGUAUAGAUGAUAAACUAAUGGAACACCUACUAAGAUAUAGAAAAGACAAGUCUCAGGAAUUAAGAAAACUUGUCAAUGAUGGCCUUCAUAUUUCUCCAUAUGAUCCCGUAAAGCAUUUCCAUUAUCAAUAUGUUCAUCAGGUGUUUUCACAACU